UCUAAUAUUUGUAUUGCAUUGCUUAAUGGUUCAUAGAUUUCAAGAAAGUAAGUAGUAAUAUGUUCUGUUGUUGAUUCGGUUGCUUGUGCAGAUAAUGGAAUGGAUGGAUUUUAGGAAAAUGGAGUACUCGAAAUCAGACUAUGCAAUACGCGUGGAUAUUACAGCCAAAGUCAAAGGGAUAGAAGCUGCUGAGGAUUAUGUCAGUGGCCUACCGGAAUCUUCAAAGGACCUAUUCACUUACAGUGCACUUAUGCGCUGGUACUGCAAGGAACUGAUGGAAGAAAAGGCACUGGCGCUUUUUGCGACGAUGGAUGAGUUGGGAUGUGCUUCGUCUACUUUUAUCUUUAACAGUCUCAUGUCUCUGCAUAUGAGAAAGCAGAACUCAGAGAAAGUGGAUCCUUUAGUGCAAGAAAUGAAGAAGAGAAACAUCCCUCUGGACAAACGUACUUAUAAAACAUGGAUGCAGAGCUACGCCGCCUUAGAAGAUUUUGAAGCACUAGGAAGAGUCCUGGACGAAAUGAAAACACAAGACGGAAAAAAAGGCAGUUGGUCAGCCUAUAGUAACCUGGCUGAUAUCUAUGUAAAGGCGGAGCUUUUUGACAAGGCAGAUGAAGUCCUUAAGACGGUAGAGAAACUGGUGAAACCCCUGAAGCGGCGUAAGCAUUACUAUUUUUUAAUUAGCCUCUAUGCCUGCACUUCUAAUCUAAGUGGAGUCAAAAAGGUAUGGAAAACACUCAGGAAAUCUUUCCCCACAAAAAACAAUGAAAGCUAUCUUGUAAUGCUUCAGGCCCUUUGUAAGCUAAAUGACAUUGAGGGAUUGAAAGAAAUGUUUGAGGAAUGGGAUGGGAGUCCAUUUGCUCCAAAUAUGAUAUGAGUUUGGCAAAUGUUGCUAUACGCGGGUACCUCAGUCAGGGCAUGCACGAAGAAGCAGAAUUGAUCUUGUCAAAUGCCUGUAAGAAGACUAAAGGUAAAGGGUCUUUCCUCGGGGCUCGGGAAAUGCUCAUGGUUCACGCCUUGAACACCCGUAAGGUGGAUUUGGCUGAUAGCCAUUUGGGAGCUGCUGUUUCAGAAAGCAAGGAUGGCGAAUGGCAUCCAUCCCCAGAUACCAGAAUUGCAUUUCUCAAGUAUUUUGAGGACGAGAAAGAUGUUGAUGGUGCUGAGAAAUUUUGCAAGAUUCUGAAGCGUCUAGGUUGUCUCAGUUGCAAUGAGUAUUGUUUGUUGCUUAAGACUUACAUAGCUGGAAAAUCGGAUCCUGCGAUGCGUCAGAGAUUAAAGGAAGAGCAUAUUGAAAUCAGCCCCGAGCUUGAGCUUGAGAAUUUACUUGAAAAGGUUUCCGAGUGAAUUGAUUGCUUAGAGCAGCCCCCUAGAACUUCCAACACAUUUUUCGGUUCUUGAACUUGUAUAAAGGGAAUCUUUAGCGUUGGAUCUUUCGAGCUUUCAGUAUUUUCAGAUUGAUGCAAUCGGUAUUGUAUCAACACGUAAGUAUGCAGGCAUAGAUUUUUCUGUUUA